AUGCAUCCAUCAUCAUGUGGACAUCAACAUCAAGUUCAUGGACCCUAUAAAAAUAGGCGCUCGACUCAGAAUCCUCACUUUCCGGCGCCUCGUCUUGGUCAAGCGAAGCAUCCGCAACCUCUUGCAGAAAUGUCUCUCACUUUCGUUAUUGUCUCCAUUCUUGCAUUGGCUUCUGGAGCUAACGCUGUCAUCUCUGGGAACUACAACUGUACCACUUAUAACGGUACAGCUUUUGUCUAUACCCCAGCUGCUGUCGCUUGCUCGAAUGUCAUCUCCGACGCUUCCUGUCAAGUCCUCUACGCUGCUCCAAAUACGUUAUAUCCAGCUUCUGGAAAUGAUGCCGAAAGAGCUUAUGCCUGUUACACAACUGCCACAGCUACUCCAGCUGCCACAGUCAACGACAUGGUAACUGCAGCAAUCUCCACGUGCCCAAAGACUUGUGGAUUCUGUUGUCAGACUAGUGCUUACUCGUGCUCCAAUGUUGCUUAUCCACGCCUUGACUGUAAUACCAUCACUGCUGCCCAGUGUGCCUCUUCUGUCUGGAGAACCAUCAUUGCCGCCGAGUGCCCAGCUGCCUGUGGAUUCUGUAACGACGGAGGAUGUGUCGAUGGUGUCGUCGGAUGUGCCAAUGAUAUCUCCAUCUGUAACACCAUUGGAUUGGAAACAUUCGUGGCCACUUAUUGCCAGAGAACCUGCGGAAAAUGUGCAUCCUCUACCACCACAGCUUCAUCUGCCUCAUCAAGCACCUGCACUUCUUACAACGCUGAUUCCAGCAGCUCGUGCACUGCUUGGGCUAAGAACGGAUUCUGCACUAACACCUUCUACACUACCGCUGUGAGAAAAUCUUACUGUGCAACCACUUGCAAGCUUUGCUAG